UUGCAGAGUAUACCAUGCGAGCCCGGCGAGAACACAAGGCUCUGGUGUUCUGGUGUGCCGCCUGCGCUGCAUUGAUCUAUCUCUUCUUUAGGGUUCUAGAGGGCGGUAGGGAGCGAUCGGCGCCUAGGAUCGGCGGCGCAUUCCCGGAGUACUCGUGCGAGAGAUCGGAGCAGGGAUGGCCGGUGUUCGCGAACAAGAUCGAAGGCGUGAGGUAUCCCUUCUUCAUCUCGAUCGCGGAUUUAGGCAGCGCGGAGAGGCCGAAUCGCAAUUUCCUUCGCGUGAUCAAGGGGAAGCUGUUCCAGAAGCCGGAGAUCUCCGAGACGGUGCAGAAAAUUCUGGAGGGCAGGAAUCCGGGCGAGGGAGUCGUGGUGGAUGUGGGAGCGAACGUUGGAAUGGCUGCAUUCGCUGCCGCGGCGAUGGGGUUUAGGGUUCUUGCGUUUGAGCCAGUGGUGGACAACUUAAACAAGCUCUGCGAUGGUGUCUACUUGAACAGAGCUGGAAGCGUCGUCAAGCUCUUUCACGCGGCCGUGUCUGAUACUCCGGGAAGCAUUACGCUCCACAAGGUGAUUGGGAGGCUUGACAACUCCGCCGUUUCGCUAUCAGGAGCAAAGCUUGCUUUCAAAAGCAAUCGCGUGGUUCCGUUUACGGUCGCAACACUGACCCUGGACUCCGUGAUCCCAGACGAAAUGCGUGUCUCGCUGCUGAAAGUCGACGUCCAGGGCUGGGAGUAUCAUGUGCUGAAAGGAGCGGAGCGGUUGCUUUCCAGGCCGAAUGAGCAAGCUCCCUACGUUGUCUACGAGGAAGACGAUACGUUGCUGGCUGCGAGCAAUUCUAGCAGCAGCCAAACCUUGGAGCUGCUCAACCGGUGUGGUUACUUCAACUGCAGGAAGCUGGGAAACGACCGCCACUGCUCCAAGCUGUCCGGCUCCUGACUGCCGACGCAGGAAUCAUCGCAAGUCUUUGCAGAGCCUCAUCCAGACACAAGCUAAGAGAAAAGGCACCGUGUGGGGCACAGAGAAAGAUGCCUUGCAUGAAGCGUGUUACUAAAUUCCUGAGAAAUGUGUGUCACCCGAUCCCUUGUCAUGACUUGGAUCGUUUUCAAGUUGGAAAAGGACAAAGAAACAGCAGAAGGGGGAACAAUUCCUUCGUA